AUGGACCGUGAAACCAUCAAGAUCGCCAACUGGAGCGCUUGCUCGAUCAAGAGCAAGAUCAUCGAGUUCGUUGACUUCCUCAACAAACAAAACAUCGACAUUGCCGUUAUCACUCAAACCCACCUGAAACCGGAGGUAAACAUCUACUUUCCUGGCUUCCGGCUUCUAAGACUUGAUCGAACCUGCUCCGGGGGAGGAGGAGUGGCCCUUGCUGGCGGGUCGGCAGCAGACCUACGGAGGGACAUCAUCAAACUAACUCGACGGCGUGAAAAUGGCAUCAUCGCUGGCGACCUGAACGCCAAACAUCAGCCUUGGGGCAACAGUCGACGUAACCAAAACGGCACCUUCCUGAACGACGACCUGCAAGAGGCUCGCUACGCCAUAUUAGCGCCGGACUGUCCCACCCGGUUGAGCCGGUCUGGUGUUCACUCCACGAUAGACAUCUUCAUCAACAACAUGGGAGACAACAUCUCGCUACCUGUGACCCAUCAGGAGCUGAGUUCGGACCACUAUCCGGUGGUGGCCGAAGUGUAUGCAACCGUCGAGAGUAAUCGAAACGAUAAUGUUGAAGCAGAAGUGAAUGACAACUACUCUAACUACGAGCUGGAUGUUGAAGAGGUCUUUGAAUCAACACUGGAUUAUAGUCCAGAAGAAGCAUCAGAUUCUCAGGAGGAUGAUACCAAUGAUACUCUGAGUUUAGCCUCUUUCAUUCAAAAUUGGAGCUUGGAAUACAAAAUCCCUCACGCUGCUUUAAAACCAUUGAUAAAUCGGUUAUGUAUCGUAGAUCGAACGCUUCCCACAGAUCCCCGUAGGUUGCUUGGAACCCCUCGUAAAGAACCAGAUCUAGUCAAAAUCGAAGGUGGCCAGUAUUGGCAUCAGGGAUUAGAUGCAUGCCUACGUCGAGUGUUUUGGGAUCUCAAUCAGUCACGAUGUAUUUCUAUUAACAUAAACAUAGACGGGCUACCGCUAUACAAAAACGGCGCCGAUCAAGUAUGGCCAAUUUUGAUGAAUAUUUUCGAUUUACCAGAAAUUAAGCCAAUGAUCAUAGGCAUAUUCCAUGGUAAAAGCAAACCUAAAUUUGUUGAAGAAUUCCUGAAGCCAUUCGUGGAUGAAGCUGAACCAAUUUUGAAAUCCAGAAUCUCUAUCAACAACAAUCUGUUAUCAGUCAAAAUCAGAGCAUUUAUCUGUGAUUCCCCCGCAAGGGCAUUUAUCAAAGGUUCAGUGAACUUUAAUUCGUUUCAUGGAUGCUUGAAAUGCACUACUGUUGGAGAACGUUCUAAUGAUCUACGUGUAAAUGUUUUUCCUGUCUCAAAUGCCCCAAAACGAACAGAUGAAGGAUAUCGUAACCGAUCAUAUGGUGAACAUCAUCAAGUUUACAAAGUUCGAGAAAAUGAAAAACUUAAAAAGAUAUUCGUCGCAACGCCUCUUCUCCGUUUGCCUAUUGACAUGGCUGAAGACAUAAUUGUUUGCAAUACAAAUUCGUGA